AUGAGCGACGCCUUUCGCUGUGAAGCGUUGCCUGAGAAAGAAUUGCAGCUCGUGGUGUCCACAGAGACUCUUCACAUCGCUUUGCAGUCUGCCUUGGCCGCAGAGGUGCUUGAUCAGCUGCAGAAGUGUGCGAAGGAAUGCCGCGGAGAUGACGGAGUGUGGCCGGCAGUUGAGGCGGAGGUCUGGGAUUGCUUGCAGACAUCACCUGUGGUGGAUGCUGCUGGGGUAGCCAAUUCCGCAGCUGCUGUGCUGGUGGCCGCCGCUUUGGCGCGUCGACCCAAGACGUUGGAAGAGGCCUUUGCGCGGUUGGAAGGUUCCUGCGAACGUGGAAGGCUGGCCUCUGUGAAGAUGCUCACAGCCAUGGGCGAUACCAAGCACAUGAUGUAUCUUCGAGGUCGGUUGGAAGACCUGUGCCCUUCGGUGAGAGCGGAAGCUGUCAAAGGAAUCGCCUCUUUGGCACCGUUGGACCAGGGCCUUCUGUUUGCCAUCAGUGGCCACCUCCAUGACAGCAACGUCCUGGUGCGACAGGCCGCAGUGGAAGCCAUUGGCCAAUUCGUCUCCGCCAGUGGCUGUAGCGAGUGCUCCAAGGACAGUGAAUGUGAGAACUUCCCUGAGAAUCUGGAGUUUGCUGGCAUGGCAGUCCUGGCAAGACUGCAACACCCUCAAGUGUCGGUGCGAAGCUUCGUAGCUGCGGCGGUGGCCCGCGCCGUGGCCGGGGCCGCUGGAGAACUCUGCCAGCGAUGCGGGGCGCGGCGCUGCAGCGCACAGGAAAAGACCUGGGCUCCACAAGCUGCGCAGCUGCUGGGAGCAUGUUUCUUUGAUGCGGCAGCUCCGGUCCAAGGGGUGGCCUUGCAAGCCAUCGCAGAGCUCCCGGGCGAAAAAUUGACAUCGCCAGAACUGCUGGCAUUGAAGGCGCAGGUUUUUGCGUGCCUAUCCCAUUCCGACGCUGGCGUGCGCAUCACCGCAUCACGAGCCAUCACGAAGUUAGUGCCGUUUGGUGACCACGAGGUGGCCGCAGCUUUGCGAAGCUUAGCAAAGCGCGAUACCGACAUCAGCUCUUUGGAUGCCGAGCUGGAUGAGGAAAAGCCGAGAAAAUCCAAUUGGUUAGCUCAGCAACGAAAGCAAACUAAGCUUCCAAAGCUUGAAACUAGCAAGAAUGGUGAUACGAAGACAGAGGCUCCAGAUGCAGAGAAGCCUUUGGGCAGGAAGAAAGCCAAACGCAUAGAAAAACUCCAAGCUCAGAAGGCCCGUGAGGCGAACAAGGCGGCAGAUGCGGCCAAGAAGGCCUUCGAUGAAGCCGCUGCGGCGGUGAAGGGCAAAGCCAAGGCCAAAGAGGGUGAACUCUCCAAGGCUGCAACCGAUCUCAUUGAAAAGAUGCGGAAGGGAGGUGCUGGGGACCAACGAUUGCUUGCAGCAGCUGCUGAGCGAAUUGCAGCGGAACCCGAGAAGGAGCUGGACCUCUUUGACAUCUUCUUUCAUUUGCAUCGCGUUGGCGACCAAGAGAUCAAGUACAUGGCCCUGCUUUCUGCUAUCGCAGUCUUCAAAGAUUUAGUUCCAGCAAUGACUGCCGAGACCAAAGGGUCCGCAGUGUCACGCAGAGACCUCUUAGUUCAGCAGCUCUUAGAGGAGCGUCGUCAACGGCUGCAGCAGAAGUUGGCUGCAGGGCCUGUUCAAGAGGAAAGGGAAAGAGAGGAAACAGCGCUGGAGCAUCUGGAGCCGCUAGAAUGCAGCUUCAACAGCUUCAACAGCCAAGAGAAUUUGAGCCCCAAGCGCAAUGUCAGGACUUUUGCUGAAAAGGACUUUCGGCCUAUGGAACCCAGAGAUGAUGGUUUCCUGACCUCGGUCCUGGCGCGUUUGAAGGCUGCUGAGGCUGAACUUCAGCCUCCACCCGUGCCGGAGCCUGUUGCCACUGCCACUGUGCCAAAGGCAGCUCGCCCUCGAUCCGCACCCACCAGGGCAGCCAAGGCUAGGGCAGCCAGAGGCGAGACCGAGAAGAUCGGCACCAAGGUGUCCAAGCCUUCCAACGCCACCCCAACCAAGGCCCAGCCCAGGGAACCACAGAGCGCAAAGAGUGAGAAGCACAGUGCUUCCAGAAGGAACAGCUCUGUGGAGGGAUCUUUCCAGCAACGUUUGCAAAAAUGGCAACUGCAGCAUCAAGCCUCCAAAGAGAAGCAAAUGCAGGCAAAACAGGAAAAAGAGAUGGAAGAACUGGGGGAAUGCACCUUUCAGCCUUCAAUCAACAGCCGCUCCGAUUUUUAUGCUCGCCGCUCGCGGGGUUGCUUUGCAGAAGCACUGCCCGAGCGGUUGUACCAUGAAGCGGACAAGAGGACUAACCUCCGCAACAAGGCGAAAGAGAUCAUGGAGGCAGAUGCUCUUUGCUCCUACACAUUUCAGCCCAAAAUCAAUGAAAACAGCAAAGGCAGCAUUGGUCAACGUGCUCCAUUGCACCUUCGCAUAGAGACUUUGAACAAAAAACGUGAAGAUCGAGUUCGCUCUGCCCAAUUGGCUCAGGAGAAAAGCGCCGAGCACUUUUUUCAACCAAAAAUUUCCAACCGCAGCGAGCGGCUUGUCCAACGGAAGCGUGACAUGCUGUACAGGUCAGCUUCCCAUGGGCAGGUGGAGUGUUUAAAGCAGCUGGGCCCAGUGGAGGAACGGCUCUAUGCCGAAGCUCAGGAGAAAGAGCAGCGCCGUGCUGCACUCCAAGAGUUUCACAACGAGGAAUUGCAGUCUUUCCCGAGUGUAGAUGAUACCUCAAGGAGAAUUUGCAAAGCCUCUGUUUACUUCCAAGGGCCUCAGCAAGACUUCCUCACUCGACAGGAAACCUUUGAGCUGGCCAAACAGAAGCGAAUGGAUGUGCGUGCUCAGCACUUGGAAACUGAAUGCUCCUUUCAGCCCAAGAUCACCGAGACCAGCCGUCAGUUGGUCUGUAACAACGUGGAGCUGCUGGGCGAAACCUUGGACGAACGCAUCCACCGCCUGGCGGUGCGCGAUGCCGAGCGGCGGGAACAGCUGAGACAGGACUUGGAAGAACUGCAUCACAAGGACUACACCUUCAAGCCGGAAAUCAACCCUGUCUCUCAGGUGCUGGCUGCACGCUUGGACAGCUCCAAUGGCGACGCACAUGAACGGCUCUACCGGUCCGGUCUGUCCAAGAGUCAGAGAGACGAUUCCAUCAGAUCUGAUUGCAGUUUCAGGCCCCAACUGGAUCCUCGUAGCUCCAAACGCUUUGCACAUGUGAAGUCGCGUUAUGCGAAGAGGCCAGAUUUGAUGGAAAACAUCCGUCAGGAGCAGGAGAAGAAGGCUGAAUAUCUACUCGAAAGACGGCGUGAGCUGGAGGAAGAGCGAAAUGCAGAUUGCACCUUUACACCUUCGGUCACUGAAGGCUUCCAAGAUAUCCAAAGACCUGUAGCAGUCAGUGGUCUUGAUCGGUUCUUUGAGCUUAAGACCUUGGCAUUGAAGAAGCAGCAGGAGCAGAUGGAGAGGGAGCAGAAGGUUUUCCGACCCGAAAGUGUAGCGCAUCAAGGCCUCAGUGUCACAGUUCCGGAGCCCUUCCAACUCGGGAAGUUCGCAGAUGACCUGAGCUACCGUAUCAGGGAGCCCACUGAGCAGGAGAAGGCACAGGCUCGGUCCAAGUCAGUCCUGACUUUGGAGCGCUACGAGCUGAAGCUGUUGCAGACUUACAGGCGCUUGCUACCUGACAUGGAGGCCACCGGCCAAACAAGCAACGUGGUCACUGCUUCAUUGCUGUUACCAGGCACUUCUCAGGUGGGCCGGGCGCAGACGGCGCAAAUCCGCUCCACCCAUCAGUCCGUCUCACGUGUCCAUGCUGAAGUUGUGGUUGAACCCACGCAAGGCACUUUGGCGGAGGUGCUGCCCUUGAAGGUGUCCAUUGUCGAUCGCAGUUCCACGGGGCACACUUUCGUCAAUGAUCAGCAGCCUGGCAAGGGCAAUGUCAUGAAGCUCUCCGCUGGUGAUGUGCUUCACUUUGGCGUGGAACCCUUGAGGUAUACUUUGCGCUGGAGACCGAUGCUGCUGAGCAUCUCCAGCCGUUUGUCCGCGGAAGAGCUCCAAAGCCUGGACGAAAAGGCGCGCAAAGCUGGGCUGUUUUUGACACCGGAUUGGACCGCCCAAUGCACGCAUUUGCUCUUGGAACAGUUUGCCAUCACGCCAAAACUGCUGUGCUGCAUCAUCGAUGGGGCGUCACCAGUAUCCAUGGCCUUCCUGUCAGAGCUGCUGAAGCGUGCCAACGAGAGCAGCGAGCUAAGCGCCGCACCUUUGCCAGCGGACUUUGCACCAAAGGCUGCGAUAGGCCCGGACGCUGCGUACAACUCCGAAUUGGAUGCGUACGUGAAGGCGCCACGGCCACGCCGAGAGCUUCUCCGAGGUAUUUGGGUGAUCUUCAGCGCCAAGGCUAUCUAUGACACCUUGUCAGUAGCUCUCUCAAGUGCUGGCUCGCCAGUACAGAUCCUCACACAGGAUCAAUCUGCGGCGUCAGUCCUUCAAGAUCUCAAGAAGGCUGCAGCAAAGGCUAUGCCGCAGGAGGUGUGGAUUAUCCCAACGUUACCUCCGGGCCUUGGAGCUGUGCUUUCGAAGCCUUUGUCCGAGUUGAGAUGUGCUUGCCGGAUAGUGGGUCAGGAGGCCCUGGUGGGUGCCAUCCUUUCCGGCAGCAUCCGCGGCAUCCGGGAAACGGCCCAGCUGCUGCCCAAAUCGGAGCUCGCCGCGGAGACCUUCCCCGAGACGCAGCCGACGCACCCGACGCACCCGAUGCAACCGGCGGAGGUCAGCCAGAGCCAACCGCGGAAACGACAAUUGCCCUGGGAGAAGGCUUCGAUGCAAGUGAAGGAGGAGAGCUUUCCAAAUACAUUGCAAGAAGUGCCCAGUGAACCAUCAGCGCCAGCACCACCUCCCAACAAGGUCAAGAUGGAGCUGGAGGACAAAGAUCCAUCAGGGAAGGCGCAGCCGCAUGGUGGUUCUCUGCGUUCUCUUCCAUCCCAAGGUGCCCAAAUUCAAAAGGCAUCAGAGCAGCGUUCCCCGCCGCCGAAGGCUGCUUCCCCAGGACCUUCACAGCCAGCGCAAGCUCCACGGGCUGCUUCUCUGCGCCAGACUCUGCAACCUCUUGCAGCCCUUAGCCAGCGAGAAAGUCCAAGGGUAGAGGCAAGCCUGCAGAUGCAAAGUCCUGCGAUGCCCACUCAGCCUAAGAUUGAGGAGAAGGAGGACAAGGUGAACUUUGGCACCGUCAACUCUUCGGCACCCUCCCUUCCACGGCCGCAGCCAGAAGUGAAAGCGGAGGAGCCGGCUCCAGAUUUGACGCGGGAGGUUCCAGUGCAUCCAACGAACACUUGGUUACCACAAUUGGCACAGAAGAGUGGGCGCGGCCUCGUUUUGGAUGGUGUUGAAUUGCCUCGGGCCACGUGGUUUACAACCACCAAGCGCCGGCCAGAGACUGCUGCGCCCGAAGCCAAUGGCAAGCCCAACUUCAAACGUUUUCGCAAAGCUCAACGCUCGCAAGAUCGACCUUUUGUGGAGUUCGUGCCAUGGGCACCUGCUGCUGCCAUGCGCAAAGUGCCUCAAGUGGUGUCACCUGCUUUGGCAGAGCUUGUGAAGGCCGCCUUUGACUUCAACUACAGGCAGAGGCUGAUCGGAACAGCAAUCAGGCAUGCAAACAGUCCAGAAGCUGACGUUCGUGGACCGCUGGUUAUGGGCUUGCAGGAGAUGUUGGAGUCUGACCAGCGCUUGGAGGCUGCGAAGGAAGCAGUGCUGGCGAUUGGCAAAAUGGCUCAAGCCAUGGCCGGCAAAAAUGCUAAGGACACCCGAGACAUUCUACGACCUGAACUGUUGCAGGUGCUAUUGCGCUUGCCGGUGGGUCGUGCUGAUGCAGCGGAGCUUUCCGGACCUACAGGUGAUUUGUCUACAGCUGAUGAUGAUGUGAAGCGUGGGUUGGAAGAGGCUUCUAUCACACUGAGUGCCAAAGAGCUCCGAAAGAGGGAAGCCGAACUGCUGUAUGAGGUGUUUGUUGUGUACUUGCGCAUCAUGCGGCAGCGGCAUUUGCACGGCCGUGAUUUAAUGGGCGCAGUGCUGACCGGACUUGCGAGAUGGGGACAGCAGGUGAAUGUGGAACUACUUUUGGAGAUCCUCUCAGAGCUUCGGGUCGUUGUGAAGGAUGCCAUCGCUCGCUCAGAUGAGUUUGUUGCUUUGCAUGGUCUGAACUGUGCCUUGGUACUACUCAGUGGGCCUUCACAGGCUUUGUUGACAGACGUCAGCUGGCUCUCGGAUUCCAUGAACGGGGCGCUCUCAUUGGCUUUACCCUCCAUGUUCAGUACACAUUCAGAGGGGGAGUGGCCGCCUCGGCAUUGCUACUACUUUGAUGAGGAGGGCAAGGUGGCUUGCUCCGAGAAGGACAUGGCAGAAGCGAUUGACUCGCAAAGUGUUCCCGCACUGGUGCUGCGGUGCCUGCGUGCAGCUUUGAAGUGCCCUCAGGGCUACAGCAAUGCAUCGGAUGCUGCGUUGGCCUCGCUGAUUGAGAGGCUUUUUUCCAUUGCGCUGGUAGCAGAUUGCCAUGUUGGUUUGCCGUUCCUCCGGGAAGCAGCGCUGCUUUUGCGGAGGCACCAGCGACUUCACACUCUGUUGGACCAAGAUGGUGGCAUUUUUGGCUUGGGAGGAGUGGCUGACACCACGGUGAGCCUGGUAUGGCAUUUCCAGGGCCUCACAUGUUCGGUGUCGCCAGUGCUCGCUCGAGCUGCACAGGCGCUGCCCAGUGCUAUCCGCAAGAGGGGCUCCGUGAUAACGGACCAGUUUCCAAUCCAGGAUUCCCACGAAUGGCUCACCGUAGGAGUUCGGAAACAUUGGGCAGCCAUGAGCAACGCUCCAGCACCGAAAGAGAAGGCCAAGAAAUCUGCAAAGCAUGCCAACUUUAUGUCCGAGCUCGAACUUCGGAGCUUCGACGUUGAGACAUGA